AAAUUACGAAAAAUUAAAACGGUAAAUACAUUAUCGUGCGUCUUGUGUUUAUCUAAAUGUUAUCAGCGCUUAUCGGAGCACAAGUAUAAAUAUAGAAUUUGGAAUUAUUGACUUGUAUCUAGCGUUUCGUAGUUCGUACUGUGUUUACAUUCAUACAUAAUAAAAAAAGUAAACAAGGAAGUGACUGGAAAAAAAGUCAUGGCAUUGGGACAGAUAAAGGAAUUGACAAAUCUGUACAAAUUAUUAGCUGCAUAUCCAUCCUUGAGCAGUGCACAGAUUCUGGGUACUCCAAAUGGUAGAUUAUCCAUACAGGGCUCAUGGACUCAGAGGAAUCUGGAAAGAAAGACGGAUCAACGCUUCUUACAAAAUUAUGAUUUGAACUCAGACUUGACGCCAAUUUCUACCGGAUUUCCAAUUGAUAUUACUACAGAGUUGAUGUCAACUCUGACGAAGAAUGAAGAACGUAGAGCUGUGUUACGACAGGCCACAAUUGAUAAUUCUACAAAGCAGUUUCUAGAAAUUUGGGAUAAACAACAUUUCGUGAAGAAUUAUGAUCUGUCUGCUCUGGACGUCCAUGGCGAUGUUUACACAGAUGCUGAAUUUCGUUCGUUUGAAUGGUCUCUGGAUAAUACCAAGGUUCUCUAUAUAGCCGAAAAGAAGCUUCCUAAGUCAGAACCGUUUUAUAAGCAAAAAUCAUUGGAUAAAAAAGAUAAGGAGAAAAAAGAGGAUGAUGAAGUAACGGUGGGAAACGAAUAUAUAUACAAACCACACUGGGGAGAACAAUUAGUAGGUAAACAUCAAUCUGUUGUUGCUGUCCUCGAUACGACGUUGGAUACUAUUACGAUUUUAUCUGGAAUACCAGAUGAACUUUCUCCCGGUCAAGUGAUUUGGACGAAAGAUCAGGAUGUAAUCGGUGUUGCUUGGAAGCAUGAGCCACUAUACUUAGGCCUUACUGCAUGCACCAAUAGAUAUUCUUGGAUAUUUUUAUUGAAAAACGGAGAAUAUCGAAAAUUGUCCGAUGAAGGAUGUGCUGUGCAUAGUCCUAGAAUCAGUCCUGAUGGAAAUUAUCUCGUAUGGUUGCAGAGAGAAGCAGGUGCUGUUCCACAUCAUAAUGCGCACAAACUUAUGUUGCGAGAUUUGAGAAUGGAGGAAGAUAAUAAUAUCGAGAUAGUGGAAGCAGUGCGAAUGAGUAAAACAAUCAAUUCUAACAAACAAUUUUAUGGAAUAUAUGGUCGUUUACCUCGUCGUUGUUGGAGUGACGAUUCUCAAUACUUAUUUUUCAGUACAGCUCAAAAAAACAAUCUUGUCUCAUAUAUUGUGAAUAUAAAAACGAAAGAUGUUACUGAGAUAAAAAACGAUAAAAGUAGUCUUUGUAUAUUGGAUGUAAAAGGGGAUGUGAUUACGUUUUUGAGUACUUCUUUAACGCAGCCUUCUAGUCUUAUGGUAGGCCGUUUUAAGAGUGAAGUGGCAAGUAGUGGCGAUAUCUCCAGAAUUGCGAUUACAGUUCCAAUGAAAAUUCAUGGUUUCGAAGAAAUUAUAUAUGAACAAAAUGAAUACAAUUAUGAUAAUGACGACAGCAUAAAGCAAUUCAACUAUAUCUAUUUUGGUCCCAAAAGUGGUAAAGAUCAAUCGGUACCUUUUGUCGUUACACCACAUGGAGGACCUCAUAGCAAUUUUGUAAACGUAUUUUCUUUAGAAUGUUCUUUCUUGGCAUUAGCAGGUUUUGCAAUAGUGCAAGUGAAUUAUCGUGGUUCUACGGGAAUGGGCAGCGCAACAGUGGAAUAUCUUCAAGGAAAAAUUGGAAACGCUGAUGUAAAGGACUGUAUAACUGCUACGAAGGAAGCGAUCAAGAGAUAUCCCUGGCUCGAUUCUAAACGCAUAUGUCUUUGUGGUGGAUCUCAUGGUGGAUUUUUAGUAGCACAUUUGAGUGGUCAAGUUCCUGAUUUAUUUAAAGCAGUAAUUGCGAAAAAUCCGGUAAUAGAUAUCUCCAUCAUGUUCGGUAUAUCCGACAUCCCAGACUGUCGCAAUGCUCUGACUAAGGAAGAGAUAAUAGCGUAUCUUCAUAAUAUGUGCGCUGUGGAGGCAGGUCUUCUUUGCAACAUUGUUACCGGUCCAUGGCCCAAUGAUAUUGACAUGUUCAUGAAAAUGAAGAAGUGCUCGCCCAUCAUGCAUGUCGAUAAAGUCAAAGCAUCGACCUUGGUCUGCAUUGGAACGAAAGAUUUGCGAGUGCCCUCCUCUCAAGGAACGAUGUGGCAUAAUCGUCUCAAAUCUAACAAGGUGAAAACUAAAAUGCUCGUGUACGAUGAUAAUCAUCAGUUAUCAACUGGAUCAGCUGAAAUAGAUCACAUUAUCAACGAUUGUCUGUGGUUACUGGAGCAUACGUCUAAAGAAUCCGAAGACGCAAAAUAAUUCAGAACGUUCGAUUAUAUGAUUACUUUGUUCAGGGAACAACGAGUCGUAACUGGGUGGUAGAUCUUUGUCCACGACAGGCGAGGACAUCGCGACCUC